AACCAGCCAUUGCCGCUCGCAGCACCAUCUGUCGGCGAUCCUCGGAAACUCAGACGGGAGAUGUGAACGAGGAAAAGAAAAUUCAGUAAUUCAAUUUAAUUAAUUGUAUUGAUGAUUACUUCAUGAGAGGAAGUCCCUGUUGUUUUGAGGAGGAUGCAGUAUAGAUGAUUUGCCAGAAAGACCUUCCCUCUGCUUUAGAAGGGAAGAUUUCAAUAUCGCACAGGCAGAAUGACAGAUAACACAGUCAUUAAGGAAGAAGAUCCCUUACAGUGUGAGGAGAAAAGUGGCCUACACAUAGAACAAGACUAUGAAUGGUUUAUUAAAGAAGAGUCUGAUUUACCAGAAGAAGGAAACAGAGAGAAAACACAUAACUUUCGUAUAUCUGGCACAGAUGGAGAUUCAUUAAAGAAAUGUAAAAGGUAUCCAUUUGUGAAGUAUGUAAAGCCACCUGUAAUUGAUGAACCUUAUGUGUGCAAAAUAUGUGGUAUGAGAUUUUCCAAAAAUGGCAACUUAGAAAGACACAUGCAGAUGCAUUAUGGAGUCAGGUCUUAUGCUUGCAAAAUUUGCAGCAAGAAAUUUACUCAGAAAUGGAAUAUGAUAAGACACAUGAAACUGCACACAGGGGAAAAGCCUUUUUGUUGUGAGGUAUGUCAUGAAAAAUUUUCUCAAAAGCAAAAUUUGAUUACUCAUAUUAGAGUUCACACUGGUGAGAAACCAUUUACCUGCAAGAUUUGUACCAAGAAAUUCUCACGCAGAAGUGAUCUUGUGAUACACCAUAGAACACACACAGGUGAGAAAAGAUAUAACUGCAAGAAGUGUGAAAAACGAUUCACUCGCAAAAGUCACUUGACAAUACACUUAAGAAUACACACAAAGGAAAAACCUUAUAGCUGUGAUAUGUGUGAAAAAUGCUUCUCCCAGAAGAGCAGUAUGUUACGUCACAAAAAAACUCAUAGUGCAAAAGGGGUCCCCAGCGGUGAAAAUAAAUCCGAAACAUUGCAGUGUCCAUUAUGUGGUGCAACUUUACCCCCAAAAAUGACCUUAGUGGAACAUGUUUGUGUACACUGAAUUCUAUACUAAAAGCUGAAUUCUGUACUUAAAAUGUGUUCAGAAUAUUAUAAUAGAUUUAUAUUUCUUACACUGUUUAACAGUUAUUUUGUGCAAAAGAAACAAGUGUUAUUUUAUAUUUUUACUAAAUAAACCUCUGUAGAGAAAGUAUGGAAAUCAA